AUGAUGUUCGUGGCCUCCCUCGCUGCUGCGCUGAUCGUCCUAUCAGCCGGAGCGCUCCUUUACAGCAGCUCACUCAUGGAGGCCAGGUUCGACGGACGGCGGACCUGGCUCGAUGCUCACCCUCCACGAAAGGCGAGCGAAGACUACGAAAUCUUGCGGCGCCGGCGCCUCGCCGCGCUGACGGAGCUCGCACCGGCUGAGGUUGAGCGCUAUCUCCCCGCCGUCGUAGCCAGCCUCGACCGCGACGACGGCGAGGUCCGUCGGCUCGCUGUCUUGGUGCUCGAGCGAAUGGCAGACGAGCCUGCGACGCUCGACGCGCAUGGCGCAGAGCUGACGGCUCUGCUGGGACGCAGCGCCGACGCCCGAGUCCGGCUCUCCGUUGCGCGCACGCUGUCGAAGCUCGGCGCGCCGCUGAUAGCGGCGGCAGCUGCGCUCGUGUCGCGGCUCGAAGACAGCGACGCUGAGGUGCGCGCUGCGGCCGUCGCGGCGCUCGGCGCCCUGCCGGCGGAGACGCUGGCGACGCACACGCACGCCGCGGUCGAGCUGCUGUCGAGGGCUGGGGACGCAGAGGCGUCCGCCGCCGCAAUCGACGGCUGGGCCGACAAGCUGUCGGGGAGGCCAGAGGGUGACGAGCUGGGCGGCCUCCAGUUCUCGCUCGGGAGAAUGGGGCGCGAGUGGGGUGACGGUGGCGUCGGGGACGGCGUGCCGUAG